AUGUUGUCUUCCAAGCCCAUGGAGCCAAUCUCGGUCCGGGAGGCGCCCGAAGAAGAGCGAGCUCCCGACGGCUCCUCGAUCGUCCACAUCACGACGGCGACGGGCAGCAUGAAGCUGCAAGAGAACCAGGACGCCCCGGGCUACACCGCCCUCUCUCCCCAUCUUAGCAAGUCCGACCACGCCGUGGGGUCCGCGGCUGCUCCCGCACUCAACAACGGCUCCCCCCAACCCACCGAGCAUGCCGAGAACCCGCUGCAGCCGGCCAUCACCGCGGGCCCCGUCGACACGUUUGUUGGCCCCAGCGCGGCUGCCAAUCGCGUUCGCUCUGAAAACCUCAAGCAAGCCGGCCUGAGCGUGCAGGCCGAUGCAGCCAACGUCGUCGCGCCCAUUGGCACCGGCGGUGAUCCGCUGCUCGACCACCCGCCCGCGGUAGGCGACUCGCGCUCGCACCCUGUUUCGCCGAUGCAGUCCGCUGCGACCCCCCGCUCGUCGCUCAGCCGCGCGCUGAGCGGCACCCAGCAGAGCAAGCGCCCCUCGACGGCGCAAGGCCCUGGGGCCAGCGGCCUCGCCAGCGCCCGCGGCGUUGACUCGGUCCAUGCCCAGGAUGCCAGUGCCUCGGCAGCUGGCGGCGCGACGCCCCCGCAGUUCAUCUUCCCCAAACUAGGGUCGCGCCGGCCCGCAGAGACGCGAACCUCGUCCUCUAACAAGAAGAACCUGCACUCGCCCAUCGACGGUCGUUCCGGCACCAACUCGCCCGACGACCAUGGCGACCACCCCGGCAGCGGUCGCUCCAAGAAGAAGGACGGCACGGGCCACCACGGUCCGCUGCACGACCUGCGCAAGUUCCUGCACAACCAUAUCGGCCACCACAGCGGCGAAUCGUCGCGCGGCGACAGCGGGCGCUCUGGCAUCGCCACGCCCCGGCGGCACGGCCGCGACUCGCCGCCGCUGGGCGAGGACCAUGCGCACCUCGCAAAGAAGUACGGCAAGUGGGGCAAGACGCUCGGCUCGGGCGCCGGCGGAACGGUGCGCCUCAUCAAGCGAUCCAAGGACCACACCACCUUUGCCGUCAAGGAGUUCCGGCCGCGGCGGGCGGGCGAAAACGAGAAGGAGUACAUCAAGAAGGUGACGGCCGAGUUCUGCAUCGGCAGCACCCUGCACCACAUCAACAUCAUCGACACGGUCGACAUCAUCAGCGACCACGGCCACUACUACCAGGUCAUGGAGUACGCCCCGCACGACCUCUUCAACGUCGUCAUGAGCGGCAAAAUGUGCCGGCAGGAGAUCUACUGCAUCUUCCGGCAGAUCAUCGACGGCGUCGACUACCUGCACUCGCUCGGACUGGCCCACCGCGAUCUCAAGCUCGACAACUGUGUCAUGACGACGGGCAACAUUGUCAAGCUGAUCGACUUUGGAACCGCCACCGUCUUCCACUCGCCCGGCAAGAGCAAAGUGGUGGCGACGGGCGUCGUGGGCUCCGACCCGUAUCUGGCGCCGGAGGUGCUGUCGCAGCAGACCUACGACCCGCGUCUGACGGACGUGUGGAGCUGCGCCAUCAUCUUCCUGUGCAUGAUCCUCCGCCGCUUCCCCUGGAAGCUCCCAGACGUCAAGAGCGACCCCAGCUUCCGGCUCUACGUCAAUUCGCAUCCGGAGCUCUGCGCGCCGCCCGAGCCGCAGUUUGCCUCCCGCUCCAGCACCAUGGACAGCGGCCGCGAUAGCGCCGCCGCCAGCACGCUGGCCUCGACGCCGGCCUCGAGCGUGCCGUCGACGCGCGUCACGUCGGCCGAGCUCGGGGCGCUGCGCAAGACGCUGGGCGUCACCGCCAUCGACGACGGCGCGAACCCCGAGGACACGGUGCAGAUCCGCACCGCCAAGGAGGCCGGAUACACGACGCCGCACGGCAUCCACUCGCACCCGCACUCGCCUUCGAUGAGCGACCACGAGGACGACGCGCCGCACCAUGCCAGCGGGCAUCAAAACAGCAUGCUGUCGCAGUCGAGCGAAGGCAGCGGCAGCGGCAGCGCCGGCGGGAUCGGCAGCGGCAACGGUGGCAUGGCGUCUCCGCUGCCAAUGUCGCCCGCCACGUCCGGCCCGGCGACGCCGUCCGACGAGACCGUCGGGCCAGACGGCCGAUCGCGGAUGACGCGGAGCGACAGCGUGUCGUCGGCCUCGUCGCAGACGACGUACACGUCGGGCGCAGCCGACAGCAUCUUCAGGCUGCUGCCGCGCGAAACCCGCUCGGCUCUCUCGCGGAUGAUGGCCGUGGAGCCGUCGAUGCGGUGCACGCUGGGCGAGCUGCUGCGGGGCCGGCGGUUCAGCGACCAGGACAGCCCGCUCACGCGGACGCCCGUCAUGUCGCGCUCGAACAGCACCGACAUGCUGCGCUCUGCGCUCGACGGUGCGCACCACGAGGCCGGCGGCCACCACCGCGGCAACAUCAGCACCGACGCGCACGCCGCGGGCCUCGGCUCGAUUGGGCUGAGCGAGUUUGAGGACGACGACGAUAAGGGCGACGAGUGGCUCAAGGGCAUCCGGACGUGCGCCCACGUUAUGCGCGAUGGCAAGCCCGGCGAGACGCCCGACCAUCCGCACGUCAAGGUCGCGGUCGAGGAGCAGAAGCGCAAGCACAGCCUCUUCCACCGCAAGGACUGA